AAAAUUUGUAAAAAAAUGUAAAAUAACGAAAAUUUUAAUUUGUAUGCUUUUGGAACUUUCCCAUACUUUUACUUUUUUGGACAUAGUUUGGAGUAGAAAUAUCUAAAGUAUGCCACCAUGCCUAGUACCUCAUCAAAUUUAAAAGAUAACACUACCCUUGUGAAUAAUAACACCACCACUGGCCUGUUACAAACUAUACAAGUUUUAAAACAAGAUCUCAACCACACACGAGAUGAAAAAAAUCAAAUAGCUAAUCAACUGUCAUGUCUUAUUUCACUUGUUAAAAGAUCAUGGAUGGGUGAUAAUGUAGCUCUGUUUCAUGUAGCAAACAUCAUAGGAAUGCCAGUCCCAGCUGAAGCACAAGAAAUUGAAGAUCAAAACAACCCACAGACUAGAGCCAAGAUGAAUUGGGAGAGACUGUCAUUACGUUUAUUAGAUAGAGAAUAUCAGGCAGUACAAGAAGAAAUAAAAGAACGUCAACAACAUUAUAUAAACUAUAGAGAGGUCUACAUGGAUGAAAUACUCAACUCUCAUCAAGAACAGAUGGCUCAGUUAACUCUACAUAAAAACUCCACCAAUUCUUUACAAAAUGUAGAUAAACAAUUUAUGAAAAGUUUUAAGCCUAACAGUCGACCACCAACAGGUAAAAUAAGGAAAUGUCCAUCAGCAGCUAAAAGACCAGGUAAAAUAGCAGAAGAUAUUGUUGAUAAAGUUGAUAUUGGACUGGGUAAUUUAUUAUUUACUGGUAAUCCUGAAUCAGUGUCUCGUCAACAAAACACAGCAGACUAUCAUAAAAGAGGAUCAAUAAGUGAAUGUAUCCAGAAUGAAGAGAAAUCUAAUGGACAAUAUGAUGAUUCUCAAAGAUAUUCUAAAACCAAUCUGUUUGACACUAAAGAUGCUUUUGGUUCCAAAGCUUUCCAGAAGAAAAAACGUCCAUGUAGUGCUAGUGAACUUCGUGAGAAAGACAAGCUACGUUCCAGACCUAAAAGUGCAAUAACAGGAUUAAAGUCUGGUAAAAGUGAGCGUUCAAUAAAAUAUGAAGUAACCAGACCUGUUUCGGGGAAACCUAGUGCUAAAACAACCCCUGAUAGACGAGGUUCUCUACAGGACACUAGACAGAACAGAAACAGCAUUGCUGACGAAUCCUUGCUCAUUCAACAAGAAAAAGCCAAAUCUGAACUGAAAUCCAGAAUCAAAUCAGCUACUCAAAGACCACGAGAUAUAGAUACUUUCGCAGAGGAAGUAAAGACCAUUAAUGACAUGGAAAAUAGAUUUAAACAGAAUGCUGUUGAUUUACAGAAAAAAUUGGGUAUUAAUAGAGGCAUGAUAUAUUAA